UUUCAGGGUGCGGCAGCAGGUCUUUUUUUCGUUGGAGGAUGGGUGUUUGAGACGUAUAAGCACUUUAAUGAACUGACAUCGGCCAACCUGACCCUUAUCCCAGCUUCCAUUGUGUUGACAGUGGGGAUAUUCAUGUUCAUUGUUGGACUACUGGCUUGUGCCUCAUCUGUGAAAGAGAACAAAUGUCUUCUUGCUGUUUUGUUUUCUAUUCUCUUGGUGAUCCUCACAGCAGAAAUAGCUGCAGGUUCCUUGGGCUAUGCUUUCAGAGAUGACAUGGAGGGAUCGGUUCGUGAUGGUCUGAACCAGGCCAUUAAUAAGUUCAAUGGAACUUCAAGUGAUCAUCAGAUGGAGUACCUCCAGGAAGAGCUGAAGUGCUGUGGUGUAAACAAUGCCUCGGACUGGGAGACCGCCAAGGUGUGGUCCCUCUCUCACCCCGGCAAGGUGCCUGUCAGCUGCUGUAUAGAUCAGAACAACUGUACCCAGAGCAUCAACGGAACUGACAUUUACAAGAAGGUAAUUAUUAUAAUAAAAUACUUGGAACAUUAACAUUACCGACACAUUCCAAAG